AACAACGCGAGACAGUGACAUCAAUGAAAAAUGAAAGAGUACGUCUUAAAUUGAAUAAACGAUUCAAACAUUUGAAUCCCAUCGAGUAUGGCGGGUGCCUGAAACAAGGUUCAUAGCGAUGACGUUAUGCGCACGUAUCCGAUUUUUCAAACCUGCGCAUUGCCCCAUUGAGUCCAGGGGGCAACCAUCGCUGAAAAUCUGAAAAUGACUAUUACUCGCCGCUGAGCUAGCGGACAGUUCGCUUCGUGCGUGAGAUUAGUGACGUUUGUCUAUUGUGUCUCAAGUGUCAUUUCCAGGUGCAUUUCAAACCCCGGUCGUGAUCCAAUUCGCUAAUCUUUUAGUAAAAAGGUGGUGUUGAUCCUGUUCAACAUUCUCUUCAGGAUGUGGUGUGAUCCACCGGGUGGGCACAGGGCGCCCUUAGCCUUGCUGAUAACUGCGUUGCUGGCAUUUACAAAUGUAUUUGCCGACGAUGAAUCCAUGGGGCCGGUUUUCAUAAAAGAACCGCCGAACAGAAUUGAUUUUUCAAAUGGUACCGGAGCUGUUGUCGAAUGUCAAGCCAGGGGUAACCCUCAACCGGAUAUUAUUUGGGUACGAACAUCGGACGGCACUGCAGUAGGUGAUGUCCCCGGCCUCCGACAAGUGCUACCGAACGGAAAUUUGGUAUUUCCUCCAUUCAGAGCCGAAGAUUAUCGCCAAGAAGUUCACGCUCAAGUUUACAGUUGUCUCGCUCGUUCUCCAGCAGGAUCGGUUCACAGUCGUGACGUUAAUGUCAGGGCCGUGGUCCAUCAAUUUUACGAAACGAGAAUAACGGACGAAUUCGUUCUGCGAGGGAAUACGGCGACCCUUAAAUGCAUUGUGCCCAGCUUUGUAGCGGAAUUCGUUGAUGUUAUCGAAUGGAAGGCAGACGAUGGGUCGAGUUACACUGCCGACAAUCAUGAUAAAAUGGAUGGAAAAUACCUGGUAUUGCCCUCUGGAGAAUUGCACAUCAAAGACGUUGGGCCUGAAGAUGGAUACAAAACUUACCAAUGCAGAACAAAGCAUAGACUGACCGGUGAAACACGACUUUCAGCCACUAAGGGAAGACUGGUGAUAACUGAACCAACUAGCAAUGUUGCUCCACGAGUAGCUGGCGAACGUUACGAAGGCGGAAAAUUAGUUACGAUCUUCAUAAAAAACACAGGGGCAUUAGGAUGUGCCGUUCAGGGGUACCCUGUUCCUAUAAUAAGGUGGUAUAAAUUCGUUGAUGGUACCAGUCGAAGACAUCCUGUUCAGUUGAAUGAGCGAGUUCGCCAAGUAAGCGGCACUUUGAUCAUCCGAGAAGCUCGCGUGGAAGACUCUGGCAAAUACCUGUGUGUGGUGAAUAACUCAGUCGGAGGAGAAAGCGUCGAAACUGUACUUACCGUGACUGCACCAUUGGGUGCUGAAAUCGAACCCCGAACACAAACGGUUGACUUUGGCAGACCAGCUAAAUUUGCAUGUAACUUCGAGGGAAAUCCAAUCAAAACGAUCUCUUGGUUGAAAGAUGGCAAGCUAUUGCAAUUCGAAGACUCGAUUCUCACAAUUGACGCAGUGAAAAAAGAAGACAAAGGAAUGUACCAAUGUUUCGUCAGAAAUGAUCAGGAAAGUGCCCAGGCUACUGCGGAAUUGAAACUUGGAGGACGCUUUGAACCACCACAAAUCCGACAGACAUUUGGUGAAGACACUCUGCAGCCUGGACCCAGCGUUUUUCUGAAAUGUAUCGCGAGUGGAAACCCAACACCAGAAAUUACGUGGGAACUUGAUGGAAAACGGCUCUCAAAUACUGAUCGACUCCAAGUUGGACAAUACGUUACUGUCAACGGAGACGUCGUUUCGAAUUUGAAUAUUUCGAGCAUUCAUACGAACGACGGUGGAAUGUACAAAUGCAUUGCAGCUUCCAAGGUUGGCUCUGCUGAACACUCGGCACGUUUGAAUGUUUACGGUCUACCCUUCAUUCGUCACAUGGAUAAGAAAGCCAUCGUAGCUGGUGAAACUCUACGCGUCACUUGCCCCGUUGCUGGCUACCCGAUUGAAACUGUGAUUUGGGAAAGAGAUGGCAGAGUCCUACCAAUCAACAGGAAGCAAAAAGUCUUCGCUAAUGGCACACUGAUCAUCGAAAACGUUGAACGACUGAGCGACCAAGCAACGUAUGCUUGUGUUGCGCGCAAUGCUCAAGGUUACAGUGCAAGAGGAACGCUCGAAGUACAAGUAAUGGUUGCUCCUCAGAUAAUGCCAUUCACGUUCGGGGAUGAACCAGCUAAUGCUGGCGAAAGUAUCAGCGUACAAUGUUCUGUUCGCAAGGGAGAUUUGCCACUAGAAUUUCAAUGGAGUCAUGGCGAUCAUGUUGUUACGCACAUUGAUGCUGCUGAUGGGAUAACUUAUACUGUUAAUAAAAGAGUUACUACUUUAAAUAUUGAGGCUGUCGCGGCGAGACAUGCUGGCGACUAUACUUGUGCCGCUUCUAAUAAAGCGGGUGGUGCCAGUCAUACCGAAAGACUUGCGGUCAAUGUGCCACCACGCUGGAUUCUUGAGCCAACCGAUAAGGCAUUUGCUCAAGGCUCAGAUGCAAGAGUGGAGUGUAAAGCCGAUGGUUUCCCCAGGCCCCAAGUAACAUGGAAACGGGCUGCUGGAGAUACCCCUGGCGAUUACAAGGAUUUGAAAUUAAGUAACCCUGAUAUUAGCAUUGAGGAUGGCACCUUGUCCAUUAAUAAUAUUCAGAAAACGAACGAAGGAUAUUACUUGUGCGAGGCUGUGAAUGGUAUUGGAGCUGGAUUGUCUGCCGUCAUUCUUAUCUCAGUUCAAGCACCACCCCAAUUUGAGAUUAAACUCCGCAACCAAACAGCUCGUCGUGGAGAACCUGCUGUUUUACAGUGUGAAGCACAAGGCGAAAAACCUAUUGGAAUUUUGUGGAACAUGAAUACCAAAAGACUUGAUCCAAAAAGCGAUGCCCGAUACACAAUUCGUGAAGAAAUAUUAGCGAAUGGCGUUCUGUCAGAUUUGAGCAUUAAAAGAACCGAAAGAACUGAUUCAGCACUAUUUACUUGCGUCGCUACAAACGCUUUCGGAAGUGAUGACACUAGCAUCAAUAUGAUCGUACAAGAGGUUCCAGAGGUGCCGUACGGCUUGAAAGUUUUAGACAAAUCCGGCCGUUCGGUUCAGUUAUCGUGGGCGGCUCCCUAUGAUGGCAACAGCCCGAUAAAACGUUAUCUCAUUGAAUACAAAAUCAGCAAGGGAUCUUGGGAAAAUGAUAUUGACAAAGUUCUAGUGCCUGGUUCCCAACAAAAUGUAGCUGGCGUCUUUAACUUGAGACCCGCAACCACAUAUCAUCUCCGUAUUGUAGCGGAAAAUGAAAUUGGUGCGUCAGAUCCAUCAGACACAGUCACCAUUAUCACGGCUGAAGAAGCUCCCUCAGGUCCACCAAGCUCAGUGAGGGUUGAUGCCCUUGAUCAACACACCUUGAAGGUGACAUGGAAACCACCUCCACGAGAAGAUUGGAACGGUGAAAUCCUGGGUUACUACGUUGGUUACAAACUCUCAUCAGCCGACAAACCAUUCAUGUUUGAAACUGUUGAAUUCUCAAAAGAAGAUGGAAAGGAACAUCAUUUGCAAAUUAUGAACUUGAAAACAUAUACUCAAUAUAGCGUUGUCGUUCAAGCGUUCAAUAAAGUGGGAGCUGGACCUAUGAGUGAAGAGCGCAGACAACACACUGCUGAAGGUGUCCCUGAACAACCACCCCAUGACACAACUUGCACAACUCUCACGGCCCAAACUGUCAGAGUUUCUUGGGUAUCUCCCCCACUCAGUGCAGCUAAUGGCGUAAUCACAGGAUAUAAGGUAAUAUAUGGACCUUCGGACACCUGGUAUGAUGAAAACUCCAAGGAUACCAAGAUAACAUCCUCAAGCGAAACUAUUUUGAGUGGAUUGAAGAAAUACACUAACUACAGUAUGCACGUCCUUGCUUUCACUUCUGGAGGCGAUGGUGUUAAGUCUGCACCAAUUCAUUGUCAAACCGAACAAGAUGCGCCUGAAGCACCUGUUGCCAUCAAGGCUCUGGUAAUGUCGGCCGAGUCAAUUCUUGUUUCGUGGCGUCCACCAAGCCAACCAAAUGGAGUGAUUUCCCAAUACACUAUUUAUGCUAAAGCUGAAAAUGCGGAAGAACCAACUACUCAAAAAGUUUCGCCAAACCAACUAACGCAUGAAGCAUCUGGACUAGACAAACAAUAUAGAUAUGAUUUUUGGGUAACUGCAAGUACGAAUAUUGGAGAAGGUCAAGCAUCAAAGAUUGUCACGCUAUCUCCCAGUGCUCGUGUUCCAGCCAAAAUUGCCUCGUUCGAUGAUAAAUUUACGGCAACAUACAAAGAGGAUGUAAAACUACCCUGUCUUGCUGUCGGUGUUCCUGCUCCUGAAGUUACAUGGAAAGUACGUGGUGCAACCUUACAGCCCAGUGACCGAUUGAGACAAUUACCAGAAGGAUCUCUAUUUAUAAAAGAAGUAGACAGAGCUGAUGCCGGAGAAUAUUCUUGUCAUGUUGAAAAUUCAUUUGGCCAUGAUACUGUAACUCAUCAACUAGUAGUUCAUGCUCCGCCUCACUCACCGCAAGUCACACUCACAGCUACAACUACAAAUACAUUAACAAUGAAGCUAAGACCGCACCCCACCGAUAAUGCCCCUCUUCACGGGUAUACUAUUCACUACAAACCUGAAUUCGGAGAUUGGGAAACGCUCCAAGUUAGCUCGACGGCUCAAAAAUACACUUUGGAAAGUCUAUGGUGUGGAUCGAGAUAUCAGAUUUACGUUACAGCCUAUAACGGUAUUGGAACUGGAGAUCCAUCAGAUAUUUUAAACACACGAACCAAGGGCUCGAAACCAAUCAUACCCGAGGCUGCUAGAUUUAUCGAAGUUUCGACUAACAGCAUAACACUGCAUCUGAGUGCUUGGUCUGAUGGAGGGUGUCCUAUGCUGUACUUUGUCGUUGAACACAAAAAGAAGCUUCAGCAGGAAUGGAAUCAAGUUUCUAAUAAUGUUAAGCCAGGUGGCAAUUUCGUAGUGCUGGAUUUGGAUCCCGCGAAUUGGUAUCAUCUCCGUGUUACUGCCCACAACAAUGCUGGAUUCGCUGUUGCCGAAUACGAGUUUGCUACUCUUACUGUAACUGGUGGUACAAUCGCACCACCUGUUCGAAAUGGUGGACCAGAGAAUACCGAUGUAAGAAGGUAUUUCCCAUGGCUUCCGAAUUGGCUGGAUGUUAACGUUGUCGUCCCCGUUGCGGCGACUGUCGUUGUCAUUAUUGUCGGAAUAGUUGUCAUUUGUGUCGCAUUAUCGAGGAGAACUCGUGGGCCUGAACAGACACGGCUGCGAGGUAUCUCAUCAGCCGACGAGAAAUAUUACGAGGGACAAUAUGACGUCGUUUACCAACAAACUGGAGUCGUUGGUGCUACUUUGGACAAACGCAGGCCAGAUCUUCGCGAUGAACUCGGUUACAUCGCUCCACCGAAUCGCAAGCUACCACCUGUCCCUGGCUCAAACUACAAUACUUGUGAUCGUAUCAAGCGAGGUACAGUGAUAAGUGGGACAGGUUCUCUGAGAAGUCAUUCAACUUGGGAUCCAAGAAGACACAUGUACGAAGAAUUGAGUCAUUGUGCACCAAAUAGAAGAUGCCCACCACCUCCCCAUAUGGGCAGUGCCGAAGGGCUACCACACAGAGGCAUGGAGGAUGAGAUCUGCCCGUAUGCUACCUUCCAUCUGUUAGGUUUCCGCGAAGAAAUGGAUCCAAGCAAAGCCAUGCAGUUCCAAACAUUCCCUCAUCCUGGUAAUGGACAUUCUGGUACUAUGGGACCUCCCUCUAGUCAUCCUACCAAUGCAUCCGCCCAUAGCAGAUCUGGAUCUCAGUCAAUGCCUCGUCAAAACGGUCGUUACUCCCGCGUUCCCUCUCAAGGUGGUGGACCUCACAAUAUGUUCUCGCCCGAGUAUGACGACCCUGCUAACUGUGCUCCUGAAGAAGAUCAAUAUGGUUCUCAAUACGGUCAAUACGGUGCCCCUUAUGAUCAUUACGGAUCACGUGGAUCUGUCGGACGCCGCAGUGUGGGAUCUGCUCGCAACCUGCCAAUGUCUGGUUCCCCUGAACCUCCACCACCACCCCCAAGAAACCACGACCCAAACAACUCCAGCUUUAACGAUAGCAAAGAAAGCAACGAGAUUAGCGAAGCAGAAUGCGAUCGUGAUCAAAUGGUCAACCGCAAUUAUGGCGUGAAUGCUCGCAACAAGGAUGGCAUGACCACCGAGGAGAUGAGAAAACUCAUAGAGAGGAAACCAAACGAAGCUACCGGCAGGCAAACCAGCGGCCCCCCCGGUAGCCACGGCGGACUCCUCACACCCUACGAUACUGUGGCAGUGUAAUUUGUAAAUCUUCUACUACCAACGACUACGGAGAAGUCAAGAGCCUAUAUUCAGUGUAUGCGGCACACUCAUGAAUAUGCAAACAAAUACCAAACAUACUACUUCCCUAGUGUUGUCAGUCCAAUUGCAACGACUUUAAAUUAUUGCCAUUGCGGUUAGCUAGAUUUGAUUAUCACAUAAGGAUUAAAUUACUUUAUAAUCUAAUAUAGAUGAUAAUGGCAAACAUCUUUGAAAUUCUCUUUCGAUUACAUGCUAUAUGGUGUUUCAUGAUAAAACGAAAUUACGCAAAAUUGAUGCGUGAAGUGAUUUAAUAGCAGUACUAGUUUUGGAUCAUGAACUUUUGGAAUGUUUCCGAUUGAAGAGAAAUGACACAUUAAAUUACUUCGGGUUUAAUUGACGUCGCCGACAAUGCAUAAAA